GCGCGAUGGCGUGUGAUUUACGGGGUACAUGUGUGUACGUGCCUUGUGCCUCCUUGCAUGUGCGUGCUCUUGCUCCGUUGGCCGGUAGCACGGUUAAAUUCUCGCCACGAUACUCGAGUCGCGCGUGCGGAGGGAGCACGCUCCUUCCGCGAGCGGUUCCUCGGCCGCGCGGCUCACCCCGCAAACGUGCUCGUAGACGAAGCGGAGGACGUUAGAUAUAUCCAAAACUCCAGCGUUACAAUCGAUAAACGAAAAUACCGAAACAACGUGCCCUACCGGUAUCGUGACUACCGAGCACUUGGAUCUAUAUUUUCGCCUGCGUGCCCCUGCCUGUCCGUUAUCUCCCUGAAAACUUUGAAUAACUCGCAGAUCUAUAGCAUGCCCUUUUUUCUUUCAGACAAAUUGCAUUUCUAACUGUGUUUAGAGGCCCGAGUUUCCAUAUAAGGCCCUGAAAUCAUAUGAUGCCUAAUCCUAGCAUAAGCAAACCGAAAUAUGUUCUCGCUCUCUCUUUCGAUGAAUAGAGUUCUUUAUGCUAUUCAUCGACGUGUGCGUUGCAAACGCUAUCGCAAUGUUUUAAUGUUUAUUACUAUCUUCACAUGUACGUAGUUGGAUAAGCGGAAGAGACAAGAUCAUCAGUAGCUCUAAGUGUGGAACAUACAACCAAGAUAGUGCAUCAAUCAACAAGACGCUUAACGGUAGUAACACUUUUGAGAAAAUGGCGUUACCAAGUAGAGCACGAGUUUAUGCUGAUGUAAAUUCACAUAAGCCAAGGGAAUAUUGGGACUACGAGUCUUAUGUUGUUGACUGGGGACAACAGGAUGAUUACCAGCUAGUGAGAAAGUUGGGCAGGGGUAAAUAUAGCGAAGUAUUCGAGGCUAUAAACGUUACAAACAAUGAGAAGUGUGUCGUAAAAAUAUUGAAGCCUGUAAAAAAGAAGAAAAUAAAAAGGGAAAUAAAGAUUUUAGAAAAUCUUAAGGGCGGGACCAACAUAAUUACACUCCAAGCAGUCGUCAAAGAUCCAGUCUCGAGGACGCCAGCACUGAUCUUCGAGCAUGUCAACAACACAGAUUUCAAGCAAUUAUACCAGACGCUAACUGACUACGACAUAAGAUACUACCUCUACGAAUUAUUAAAAGCACUAGAUUAUUGUCACAGUAUGGGAAUUAUGCACAGGGAUGUGAAGCCGCACAACGUUAUGAUAGAUCAUGAAAAUCGAAAAUUACGGUUAAUCGACUGGGGACUAGCAGAGUUUUAUCAUCCCGGUCAGGAAUAUAACGUACGAGUAGCUUCCCGCUAUUUCAAAGGCCCUGAAUUACUUGUAGAUUAUCAAAUGUACGACUAUUCAUUAGACAUGUGGUCGCUGGGUUGUAUGUUGGCCAGUAUGAUAUUCAGGAAAGAGCCGUUUUUUCAUGGACACGACAAUUAUGACCAAUUAGUACGAAUUGCAAAAGUUCUUGGGACUGAGGAGCUGUUUGAGUAUCUUGACAAGUAUCACAUCGAGCUCGACCCUCGCUUCAACGACAUACUAGGCCGGCACUCGCGCAAGCGUUGGGAACGCUUUGUACAUUCGGAGAAUCAGCAUCUGGUCUCGCCGGAGAGCCUGGACUUCCUCGACAAGCUCCUACGCUACGACCACUACGAGAGACUAACCGCACGCGAAGCUAUGGAGCAUCCCUAUUUUUAUCCCAUAGUAAAAGAACAAGGUCGAUUGGCCAUGGUGUCAUCAUCACCUACUCCCAUGGCAGGCUCAGUGCCUGUAGAUCAUCGUGGCGUAACAGUGAGCAGCGUACCGGUUCAUGGGACAAACGGAUUGGAAAGCAUGGAAGGAGUUGGAAGCGGGUGUUUGUCCGCUUCGGAAGAAUUGCCUCAACUCUUAUAAGUUCAACUUCGAUUCUGAACAGCAAACCGACUCCCAAUCUACCACUGACUAUAACAAGUACAUUCUUCUCCGCACUCAGAUCAUACUGGUUUGUAAGAACGACGGUUACCACCAUCAUCGCGAUCCCCCAGCGUUAAGACUGAAAUAUCUCACUUCGCUGUGUCUCCCUCGGAAAAACAAGAAGCAUACCAUUCAAAAUUUGCAAUGUACUUAGAGAGAAUCGCGGGAGAUUAGGAUUCUGACGAUAGAAAAUCUGUCGCACACGAGGAGGGCACAUGCUCCGUCCAUACCGGCCGGUGUGCAUGCGAUAACGAGAAAAAAGCAGUCGCGUUGCUCCACUUCCGUUUUUCGCGAUUCGCAACGCGUCCAUAUUACUGUCUACUAUUUUUUUUCUUUUUCUGAUGUUGCUAUUAUAUCGUGUUUUUUGGCAGAUCUAUAAUUAAAACAUGAAAGAUGCAGCUAGAUUCUUCUUAUUUGAAAGAUGAUUUCGUGGUUACAUGAUAACGCGCAGCGGUGGAGAUUUUAAGCAAAAAAAUCACCUAUUCGUAUUCACGUUGCAUUCUCACACACAGACACACACACACGUACCGACAUACAUAUAAAAACAUACACGCUUAACAUACUUAACACGUACCUUAGGCCAUUCGGUUUAGUAUUUUUAACGAUGAUAAAAAUGUUCGUUUAUAUCUGAUACCAUAAAUAGUUGAAUAAAAUGUUUGUUAUAGCCAAGUACCCUUUGUGCUCUGUGAAUACCUGCUCUGUGCAUCCAGCGAAUAUUCCCGUUACUAGAAGCGGAGAAUUCAAUUUAAAGCCGCGACGCGUGCUCUCGCUAAUCUCUAAGAUUGCUCUUUUGUUCCUACUUGAGAGAGAGAGAAAAAGGGAAUCGAUCAAAAUGUAGACGCAGGUCGCGCGCGAUAAAUUCCAGUUAGUUAUCGCGCGAGCAAAUUCACAGGCCACCCCAAACACUUGGCGCUAAAGCCUACAAACAUUAUCGACGUACACACUAAUUGAAGAAAAACGCCAUAUAUAUAUUAUACACACACAUAUAUGUGUAUAUGACGUUUUGUAUGUACAUGUAUAUUUGUAAACUCGAUCUCUGUGCGCUGGUCAAUCUUAUAUAUAUGUCAAAGAGAUUGCUUUCCAUUACUUCGGUCAUGCAAAAUUGCCAAUAUCUUUGUUACGCAUUGAAACACGUGGAUAUAUUAUUCUAUAUAAAUAUGUAAGGUCGGCUCAUCAUGUACAUUCGUGAGAAUUUGUACAUCAAGACGAGAGACGUACUUGUAAAGAAAAUGUAUAGGAAUACAAUACGCUCCACUUGUACACUGUAUCUUUUUAUAUAAUUUUCCAAGGAUUUGUCAGUUCCUAUAUAUAUGAAUACGAAGAUGGAUUAAAUAAGGAAGAUCGAUCGAUCGAAUCGAAUGAUGCCGUUUACAUAUGAUGUACGAGCGGCAUGUAUACGUGUGUCCACGCAUAAAAAAAACAGUACGCAUAUUUGUAUCAAGCGGAGCGUGGUGGAAAAGUAAAACGGGCGCGCGAGCGCUCUUACCUUUAUCAAUUAGUAAAAUAGUGACAUUCGCUUCUCGGUCUGACUGCUGCGCCGUUUUUGCCUUAUAAAAUAUAUUUAUAUUCAUAUUUUUUAUUUUUCAUGAACGUUGCAGAGACACACACACACACACACACACACGCCCACGCAUGUAUAUUCAUACACGUAUACAAAUGGAAUAAAAGUAUAACACGCAUAUAUAGACUAAUGAGCAAAUGUUGCUAUAUACGUAUAUGACAACAUGUAAACCUGUAAAAAGGAUGACGACUACGCUCUACCUAGAAAUAGCUAAAUAAAUAUAUUUUAUUUAUUCCAUUUUACUGUCACGCCGUGCUGCCGAGUAUUAAACUGUUUAUACACAUGGCAGACUGUUCAAUCGGGAAAUUGCUUCCAUGUGGCAAGAACGGCGCGCACGCACACACGUAUGUGUUUAUCUAAGUUUUAUACACUCUCUUGUUCAUACGUUAAGUUUAUCAUAAUCUAGUUUAGUUUUAUAGAGAGGAGAAAUAUCGAAUAAUCACUAUUUAAAGUAAGCAAAUUAGCUUGGAGAACCGAAAUAAUGAAUUAUCUCGCCGAUAGAAAUAAUACAUUGCGCUAACUUUUGGCUAUGAUAUAUUUUUUCGCAUUCAUAUAAAACGUGCGAACUGUUUCAAUGAUAUAAAGAUACGACGAACGAGAAUCGUUUGGAAAAAAAACAAACACCCUGUCCUUCCAGCUCUUUUUUCAAAGCCGAUGCGUUCCGAGUGAUCAUCAAUUUUUUAUCGCUCUCUCUCUCUUCCCCUCCCCGCCCGCCCUUCUUUUUUUCCUGCCCCUCCUCCUCGCGAGAAUGUACUCGUAUGACGAAAUUGCACCCGGUUAUUUCUCACGCAGAGAGCUUGCGAAUCAAUUUCUUUGUUGCAUUCUGUGUCGCGAUUGCCAGGAUGGGACGCGGUCGCUUUGUCCCGCGCAAGUCUCCGGUGUGUUUCACACAUAUUUUGCAUGGUUAAGGUAUGACAAUAAACUUUGCCAAAGUGCGCUAAUUGCAUUAAUUUUAAACCCGCACUGCAAGGGAGGAGUGACGUGUUUGACGUAUUUUUGCGAUAUACCUAUGUCAAAAUAUUAGUAACAUAACGUAUAAACAAUAUCUCGAGAAACGUGCGGACUCGUGCUAGUGCAAAAUGCGAAAUAAUUGUCUACGUACGCACGACGGAGGUGCAACAUGAUAAUGUUGUAUAAUAAUGUCUCUGUUACAAGAGGGAUAAGGUAUAACAAAAAUUACAUUAACGUUGCGAUAUGAAAAUUAAAGAUUGAAACAAAUAC